AUGCCUCCCGUCGGCUACCGGAAGCGCCACCGCUCCGAGUCCCCAGAGGCGCCGACAUCAGCGAAGACGGCCAAGGCAACGCCGCCGGCGAAGAAAGCCAAGCCGACACUGUUCGAUACGGCCGAUGCGCUGAGCAAGAAGGAGGGCAGUCUCGAGGAAUCUAAGAAGUUCCUCGCUGGUCUCGAUGAUGAUGACCAAGACUCGUCUCUCAGCGAGGCCGACAGCGAUGAGUUUGAGGAUGUCCCGCCGGCCAAGCGACGGAAGACUGGGGGUGGUGGGAGGAAGGAUGUAGGUGGAGAGGAGGAAGACGAAGAUGAGGAUGAGAUGGACUGGGAGGACGCCAUUCAGCCUGGAUCGUCGACACAAGCCACGCCGGCCACUGCAAAAGGUGACGAUGACAUUGGCGACGUCUCGAUCUCGAUGAAUGAGGAUGGGAGCUACAUCGAGCCGCUUGUGUCAGCUGCCACAGGCAAGAAAGGUCCUUCCAAGCGCGAGCGCCAGAUCAGAGUGCACACCCAUUGCCUGCACGUCAUGUCCUUGAUGUGGCAUAACACCGUCCGCAACUCGUGGGUCAACGACAAGGAGGCGCAAAAGAUUUUGGUGGCCAGUCUGCCCGAAGGCGUGGAGCGCGAGGUCAAGCGAUGGCGCCAGAAUCUGAACGCGAUCGGCAAGGACGGUGGUAAGGCGCCUACGAAAGAGGAUCCAAAGCCGGCGAAGGGGAAGGGUAAAGGUGGGAAGAAGGGCAAAAGUAGUGGUCGCGACUGGAACAAGGCAGCAGAGUCUACGGCGCCGGACAAUGUUCAGGUGACUAGCGCUCUCCUGCGCCUCUUGAAGGUUCUCGCAAGCUACUGGCGCAAGCGAUUCACGGUGACAGCACCCGGCUUGCGCAAGCAAGGCUACAAGGACUUGCGUCGGCUGAGGAACGACAUCAAGGACUGGGAGAAGGACAAGAGCAAUGCGGAGGAUCAUGGCGAGCGGAUUGAGAAUGUAGAAGAGUUUCGCAAGCAGGCGAAGAGUUGUGAGGGAUCUCGUGAUGUCGGCGGGCAGCUGUUUGUUGCGCUGCUACGGGGACUGGGUUUGGAAGUGAGAAUGGUGGCGAACCUGCAGCCGGCUGGCUUUGGGUGGAGUAAAGCUGAGGAAGCUGACCCGCCGAAAGCGAGGAAGAAAAAGGAGACCAAACAACCUGAGCUGUCAGAGUCGGAGUCUGACGUCGAAGUCAAGGUUACCAGUGCGCACAAGGUGAAGGCUCCUGGUACUGGCCAAAAGACGAAACCUGCGCCGAAUAAGGAGAAGCCGACUCGCAAAUCUUCGCGCGGCAACAAAGGCGAUCCGAUUGACCUGGAUGAGUCCGACAGUCCUCUGAGCGAUGCGCCGUCCGAGUUCGGGGAAGCAGACGGCAAUGUUGAGCCAGAAGAUGAUGACGACCUCUCAGUGAUUGAUGUCACUCCUUCCAUCCCGAAGAAGAAGCCGCACAAGAAGUAUGACCGCGACCUGGCCUUCCCAAUCUACUGGGCUGAAGUUUGCGAUCCUGUAUCCCACAAGCAUUUCCCUGUCGAUCCGGUUGUCCUCUCAACUAUCGCCUCCAACGACGAGCUGCUGCAGACAUUUGAGCCACGAGGCAAGAAGGCAGAAGUCUCUAAGCAAGUCAUGUGCUAUAUCAUGGCCUACUCGUCGGACGGCACGGCGAAGGAUGUCACUGUACGCUAUCUGAAGCGCCACCAGCUGCCUGGGAAGACGAAAGGUGUACGCAUGCCAGUGGAGAAAGUGCCAAUUUACAAUCGCAAAGGCAAAGUCAGGAGAUACGAAGACUACGACUGGUUUCGAACGCUGAGCUCAUUAUACGACCGCCCCGAAGCAAAGCGCACGACAGCAGACGACAUCGAAGAACAGACCGACCUCAAACCCUUCAAACCCUCCAAGGAAGAGAAAGUUGUUGAGAAAGAGAGUCUGCAAGGCUACAAGCAAUCGGCCAACUACGUCCUCGAACAACACCUCCGCCGCGAAGAAGCGAUCAGUCCCGGCGCCCAACCCAUCAAGACCUUCACCACUGGCAAGGGCGACAAAGCCGCCUCCCACCUCGUCUACCUCCGCUCCGACGUCCUCGUCUGCAAAACCGUCGAGUCCUGGCAUAAAGAAGGCCGCGCGAUCAAAGUCGGCGAACAGCCGCUCAAAUACGUGCCUAUGCGUGCUGUUACCUUAGUCCGCAAGCGCGAGAUGGAAGACGCCCAACGCGAGACCGGGGAGAAGCUGAAACAGGGCCUAUACUCCCAAGAGCAAACCGACUGGAUCAUUCCGCCCCCAAUCGAGAACGGCGUCAUCCCGAAAAACGCCUUCGGCAACAUGGACGUCUACGUCCCCACUAUGGUCCCCGCCGGCGCCAUCCACCUCCCGUUAAAGGGUUCCGCGAAGCUCUGCCGUAAAUUGGGCAUCGACUACGCCGAAGCCUGCACCGGGUUUGAAUUUGGCAAGCAGCGCGCUGUCCCCGUUCUGACUGGCGUUGUUGUCGCGAAGGCUAAUGAGGGGUUGGUGCGGGAUGCGUGGAGGGUUGAGCGGGAGGAGGUGAAGAGGAAGGAGGAUGGGAAGAGGACGGCGCUGGCGCUGCAGUGGUGGCGGAAGAUGGUGCUGGGGUUGCGGGUGUUGGAGAGGAUGAGGGUGGAGUAUGCGGAUGCGGGUGCGGGUGGGGAGGAGAGUAAUCCGUUUGUGCUGAAGGCGAGGAGGGAGGGGAGGGAUGGAGGUGGCGCUUUUGCUGACGCUGGUGAAGAGAUGGGUGGUGGGUUCAUGAGGUCGGAUGAUGAGGAGGAUGCUGGACCGUCGAAGCAAGAGAACGAUGCCGACGGAGAGGCUGGAGGCGGGUUCCUGGUUGAAGACGAUGGGGAUGCUGGUGGUGGGGGCUUCAUGGUCGAUGAUGAGCCGGACGCAGCCGGGAAGCACCACGCCCUCAUCACGCCAGUGUCGUUGCAGGCGAUGCACAAGACUGGAAUGGAAGACUCCGAUCUCGCAUCCGAUGGAGACGAGCAGCCGCCUAAAAAGCAACCUGUCAAAGCAACAAAAGGUCGCAAGCAGCCCGCCAAACAGCCCGCUUCCAAGCCCGCCACCAAACCCGCGCCCAAGCCCAAGCGCGCCCGCAAACCCAUCGCAAGCGAAGACGAGGACGAGGGAGAGUCCUCUCUCUCCUCCCUCUCCAGCGCCGCCUCAGCCUCCGACGACGACGAAUCCCCCGAAUCGCCAAAGCCGCAGACCAGCACCCGCCGCCGUCGGAGCUCCCCCCAAGUCGUUAUCUCACCCCAGACGCCCCAGAAACCCGAGCAGCAUUCCACUCCAGCGAAAGGGGGGAGGAGGAAGAGCACCCGCGCUGCGAAGAAAGCUACGGGGACUAGGAGUCCGUAUUUCCGACGCAGCGGGGAGGCGGAUGGGGAGGAUGAGGGGGUCGAGGGAGAGGAAGGGGAAGGGGAGAGUGAGGAGGAGGUUGUUCGGACUAGGGGGACGACUACGAGGACGAGGGGGAAGCGGUGA